CGUGUAUUGGUGUCGUGAUGUCGCCGUGCCCGUUUUUAUUAUGUUGACAGUUUUUCGACCAGAUAUAAUAUCAUGAGCAUAGAAUUGUUUCGACUUUAUUGGUAUCACAUGCAAUUUGUAGUUCGUAAAGGUUGGACGUGAUGUGCACUAUAUGUUAAAAUUUGUUCGGUUGUUAUCGAAAGUUAACGUGAAUUGCAAAAGAAAAAUAUUGGAAUCGUUGGCAUUUUUGCUGGAGAGGAUAUAAUUGCAAAAAUAUACAAUUUAUGGUUAUUGAUUUGUGGGAAUUGUUGCUUACAUACCACGCAACUAUUAUAUCGUGCAGUGUUUUAAGGAAAGAAUCGAGCUAUCAUUGUGGAUAUAUAUUGUGAAGAUAUUUUAAAUUUAGUGAAAAAUGUUGGAAUUUUAUCCGAAUCCUAUGUUAACACACCAAGGAUUAAUGCAAGGACAUCAUCAUGACAGUAUAACUAGUUCCAUCAGUUGCAACGGACACGGAAGAACGGAAGUUGACACCAUAAAAUGCGAGAAAAACUACGAAAUAUGCGAGGGAUGUGGUCAAAAAAUUCACGAUAGAUAUCUUAUGCGAGUUGCAGACGCCAGCUGGCACGAGCAAUGUCUUUCUUGUUGUGUUUGUGGGGUACCUUUAAACCAUUCGUGCUAUGUAAGGAACACAAAGCUUUAUUGCAAAACGGACUACGAUAGAAUUUUUGGUGUUAAAUGUACCCGAUGCGGUGACAGAGUACAGCCGAACGACAUGGUUAUGCGAGCACAGAAUUAUAUAUUCCACUUGAAUUGUUUUGUGUGCUGGAUAUGCUGUCAGCCACUCCAGAAAGGCGAACAGUUUGUACUGCGGGGCGGUCAACUAUUCUGCCGACAUGAUUUCGAAAAAGAUCUUUACCUGUCACAGCAUUGCCACGAUGACGAUUUACUACUUGAGGAUACGAUGAGCCGAAGAGACGGUCGCCGUGGACCGAAACGACCUCGAACUAUUCUUACAUCAGCUCAGCGACGGCAAUUUAAGGCUUCGUUUGAACUAUCACCGAAACCUUGUCGCAAAGUACGAGAAGCGCUGGCAAAAGAUACGGGCUUGAGUGUGAGAGUGGUGCAGGUUUGGUUCCAGAACCAGAGGGCAAAGAUGAAAAAAAUCCAAAGAAAGGCUAAACAGGAUGGUGACAAACAUUCGGAUAAAGACAGUUGUAAAGAUGAUAAGGGAAUAAAGCAAGAAUCGCCGAAUAGCGAACAUGGCCACUAUUUAGGAUUGGAUGGAUCGUUUUCCAGUCAACCGUUAAAUCCGAAUAUGCCGUACUCACCAGAAGACUAUAAUGGCAACUCGAACGAUAGCUUUUGCAGUUCAGACAUUUCAUUGGAUGAGAGUAAUUUUGACCACUUGGACGAAGCAACAUCGGACACGCUCUCAUUACAAAAUGUCGAACUUCAUUCGCAUGGCCACAAUAAUUCCCAUGAAAGUGGAAUAGGAAGCCUUUCAUCCGGUAUCAAUCCCAUCGACAAGUUAUAUCUUAUGCAAAACUCUUACUUCAAUUCCGAUCACUGAAAAUCCAGAUGGUAAAUUUCGAACGGGUAAAAAAGUUUCUUUUUAUCGCUCGAACUUUAUCGUAACGAGCCUAACAGAUGCGUUUUCGUUCGAAAGGCUUGUACGUUGGCAAUGAACCGAAUUUAUUAGUCUUAACAGUCAAACAGUUUAGCGUGAGUGCGUCCAUUAACCGAUUGCAUUCGUAAGAAUCUUAUGUGAUGACCAAAACCAAAAAUUAAAGAGGAAAAAUCUUUAAAUUAUAAAUAGAGAACUCCUGCGAGGCGUUUUGAAAAUUUAAAACACAAACUUUGUACUUUUCAUUUUUAUUUUUAGAGAGUAAAAAAAAGCAUUGCGACAGCUUGUGAAAUGGAAGAGCAAUUUUAUUGUAAAUAAGAUGAUGCAAAUAUAUGACAAUUCAUUUUAGAAAAAAAAAA